ACGAGAACCGCUUAAAAGUCGCCUUCAAGUCAUUGCAAAUAUAGUAUUCGAACUGAUCGCAUCGCAAAGGAAUAAUAAGAACCAUUUUAACGUUUAAUUUGUUAAUAAUUUUGCUAAAAAGUUAAAAAAGCAUCUGUCUUGCACAAUGACAACGAAGAAUAAGUUGGACAUUUCUGGCCCUAAUUUCGAAACGUACAUCGUCUGCCCGUACGACAGUGUCCAUCGUUUGUUACCAACGCGCCUGGCCUGGCACUUAACCCGUUGCGCCCGCAAUCAUCCUGGCUCCAAAAUGGUUCACUGUCCCUUCAACAAUACCCACGUUUAUUCCGUUAAAGACAUCCAGAGUCAUAUCGGUGAAUGCCCCAACCGCUCGCAUCUGGAACGGUAUAUACGUCCGGAUAAGUUACCACCUGCAGAACCACGAGCCCGCGAAUUUACGGUCGAGUCUACGGAGGAUUGGGAUGCCGAACCGCCGGUGGAGUCGUACGAUCCGCGAGCCUAUUGCGAGGCAAAGUUUGUCAUACGGAAUCCGCAAGGUGCUCCACCGGCAGCCCGCCGUGAAUUUCGGGAACGUGAACGCCGGCGCUUUCUUGAACACUCCAAGUUUUAAAACCAAGAUGGUGGAACGUCUAAAGGAAGUAUUUCUAAUUCAGUUGGGACUGUAUGAGAUCAAACAGCACAGCAAUGAUUUCGCUUUCAGUGCUUGCUUAAAUGAGCGUCAAAUCAGAGUCCAUUUACCGUUUAUUCCUAGAAUUAUAAGUAAUGAAAAAAUGCAAUGUGUAGGAGUUGCCAUACUGCACAAAGUAAGCUCAAAGAGGUGGCGCAUUUAUUCAUAAUUUCAUAUAUUACUAAAUACACAAAAAAACAUACAUCGAAAUUAACAACCUUCACUUAAUCAUUACAUAUGCGUUCAUACAAGAUAAAUCAUUGUAUCAACUCACAUAUCAGUUAGGAAACAUAAAAUAUUUAUAUACUUUUUUUUUCGGAUACAUUGAAAAACGUUCCCCACAACAUUCUUUAAUGUAGGAAUACACUUUUUUUUAAUUUUAAUAAAAACCGCCUUUUUGUAUAACAUCGUCUUAUUGAACUUGCAACAGAAUAAGACAUUGGAAGACUUAAACACCUUAUUUUUAUAUCUAACAUGUUCACAUUACAUUAUAAUUACUAAGUUUAUAAAUGCACUUUUUCGCUUUAAUAAAAAAAAAUAAAAUAAAAGCAAAUGUCAUCUUGUGGCGGGCUAAUAAUAAAUUUUCCAAAAAGCUUUGGCAACUUUUCGUAAUAGUUAGGAAACUUAUAUAUUUUUCUUUUUUUUCCUUUAAAUAUUCACAUAACAAUAUGCUUAAUUUAUGAAUACAAUUUUAUGAUUUAAACAAAAAAAAUAUAAAAGAAAAUGUCAUUUUUUGUACCAUUGUCUUUUUGGCGGGCUUUUAAAUAUUUCCCAGAAACGUUGAAAACUUCUUCAGUUAAUAGUAGGUUGGAUUCGUCAGUCUAUCAAAGACUAUUAAUCCAAAAAGACAGUAAAUCUGAAAAAUGUCAGCGAAAAUAAUUAAAAACUAAAUAAAUAUAUUUGAAUUUUUAGAGAUUUAUCGAUAAUUGUCAUAAAAUAAGUGUUGCAAAGUGUGACCAUACAGAAAAUACCAAAAAAUAUUGUCAACCAAAAUCGAUAUACGAUAUAUUUGCGGAAAGAAUAUUGCGAUAACUUCAUCUAUUUUGGGUACGUAUUCCAUUCAAACUAAACGGAACUCAGGUGGCGUUAAGUUUAGCGGUUCGGCACUCUCCAUAAUUUCAAAAAAAAAAAAAAUUAAAUUGCAAGGAAUAAACUCCUUAAUCUGUUGAAUAAAUUGAAAUAAAUUAAAAAAGUUCAAUCGUCGAAAAGGCAAUAAGACACCACUCUCAAGUUGUGGGUGUGUGUGUGAGCGUGUGGGAAAAAGGAGAGACGCCAAAAAGAAAAAGGAGCGAAGGAAA